GGAAAGUUGCAGCUUUUUCCGCCUCCCGGGAGGGUGAGAAGGGCCGGCUGCCGGAGCUGGGUUGCGAUCUUUCCGGAGCCGGAGACCCUCCCUCGAAACCGGCACUGGGACUUCUCGAUCUCUGGAGGCACCUGUUGCAAGUGACAGCGCUCGGCCGUCGAGCGGGGUCGCUAACCCGCACUCUCUUCGGACCUCCGACAUCGCGGCUUCUCUGGCGUUGGCCAGUCAGCCACAGAGUUUCCCUCUUGUUGCCCAGGCUGGAGUAUAGUGGCACGAUCUCGGCUCACUGCAACCACCACCUCCCUGGUUCAAGCUAUUCUCCUGCCUCGGCCUCCCAAGUAGCUGGGAUUACAGGUGCCUGCCACCACACCCGGGGAACUAGUAAAAAAAGAAAAAGAAAAAGAAAAAAUAAAGUGAAAGAGGCGUGUUGUCUAGUUUCAAAGAAGAGGAGAGAAGAGACUGAGUCGCCCUAUGUUGCCCAGGCUGGUCUUGAACUCCUAGGCUCAAGAGAUCCUCCUGCCUCAGCCUCCCAAAGUGCUGGGAUUACAGGCAACUCUGGUAGCUCUCCUUGUCUGGUUGUUUUGAAGAAAGAAGAGUAGAAGAAAAAGUUGAGUAAAUCAUGUCGGAGUUACUGGACCUUUCUUUUCUGUCUGAGGAGGAAAAGGAUUUGAUUCUCGGUGUUCUACAGCGAGAUGAGGAGGUCCGGAAAGCAGAUGAGAAAAGGAUUAGGCGACUAAAGAAUGAGUUACUGGAGAUAAAAAGGAAAGGGGCCAAGAGGGGCAGCCAACACUACAGUGAUCGGACCUGUGCCCGGUGCCAGGAGAGCCUGGGCCGUUUGAGUCCCAAAACCAAUACUUGUCGGGGUUGUAAUCACCUGGUGUGUCGGGACUGCCGCAUACAGGAAAGCAAUGGUACCUGGAGGUGCAAGGUGUGCGCCAAGGAAAUAGAGUUGAAGAAAGCAACUGGGGACUGGUUUUAUGACCAGAAAGUGAAUCGCUUUGCUUACCGCACAGGUAGUGAGAUAAUCAGGAUGUCCCUGCGCCACAAACCUGCAGUGAGUAAAAGAGAGACAGUGGGACAGUCCCUCCUUCAUCAGACACAGAUGGGUGACAUCUGGCCAGGAAGAAAGAUCAUUCAGGAGCGGCAGAAGGAGCCCAGUGUGCUAUUUGAAGUGCCAAAGCUGAAAAGUGGAAAGAGUGCAUUGGAAGCUGAGAGUGAGAGUCUGGAUAGCUUCACAGCUGACUCGGAUAGCACCUCCAGGAGAGACUCUCUGGAUAAAUCUGGCCUCUUUCCAGAAUGGAAGAAGAUGUCUGCUCCCAAAUCUCAAGUAGAAAAGGAAACUCAGCCUGGAGGUCAAAAUGUGGUAUUUGUGGAUGAGGGUGAGAUGAUAUUUAAGAAGAACACCAGAAAAAUCCUCAGGCCUUCAGAGUACACUAAAUCUGUGAUAGAUCUUCGCCCAGAAGAUGUGGUACAUGAAAGUGGCUCCUUGGGAGACAGAAGCAAAUCCGUCCCAGGCCUCAAUGUGGAUAUGGAAGAGGAAGAAGAAGAAGAAGAAGAAGACAUUGACCACCUAGUGAAGUUACAUCGCCAGAAGCUAGCCAGAAGCAGCAUGCAAAGUGGCUCCUCCAUGAGUACGAUCGGCAGCAUGAUGAGCAUCUACAGUGAAGCUGGUGAUUUCGGGAACAUCUUUGUGACUGGCAGGAUUGCCUUUUCCCUGAAGUAUGAGCAGCAAACCCAGAGUCUGGUUGUCCAUGUGAAGGAGUGCCAUCAGCUGGCCUAUGCUGAUGAAGCCAAGAAGCGCUCUAACCCAUAUGUGAAGACUUACCUUCUGCCUGACAAGUCCCGCCAAGGAAAAAGAAAAACCAGCAUCAAGCGGGACACUAUUAAUCCACUAUAUGAUGAGACACUGAGGUAUGAGAUCCCAGAAUCUCUCCUGGCCCAGAGGACCCUGCAGUUCUCAGUUUGGCAUCAUGGUCGUUUUGGCAGAAACACUUUCCUUGGAGAGGCAGAGAUCCAGAUGGAUUCCUGGAAGCUUGAUAAGAAACUGGAUCAUUGCCUCCCUUUACAUGGAAAGAUCAGUGCUGAGUCCCCGACUGGCUUGCCAUCACACAAAGGCGAGUUGGUGGUUUCAUUGAAAUACAUCCCAGCCUCCAAACCCCCUGUUGGAGGUGACCGGAAAAAGAGUAAAGGUGGGGAAGGGGGAGAGCUCCAGGUGUGGAUCAAAGAAGCCAAGAACUUGACGGCUGCCAAAGCAGGAGGGACUUCAGACAGCUUUGUCAAGGGAUACCUCCUUCCCAUGAGGAACAAGGCCGGUAAACGUAAAACUCCUGUGAUGAAGAAGACCCUGAAUCCUCACUACAACCAUACAUUUGUCUACAAUGGUGUGAGGCUGGAAGAUCUACAGCAUAUGUGCCUGGAACUGACUGUGUGGGACCGGGAGCCCCUGGCCAGCAAUGACUUCCUGGGAGGGGUCAGGCUGGGUGUUGGCACUGGGAUCAGUAAUGGGGAAGUGGUGGACUGGAUGGACUCGACUGGGGAAGAAGUGAGCCUGUGGCAGAAGAUGCGACAGUACCCAGGGUCUUGGGCAGAAGGGACUCUGCAGCUCCGUUCCUCAAUGGCCAAGCAGAAGCUGGGUUUAUGAGUCCCUGUCCUCUUCUGCAGGUCCAGCCCUGGCGAGGGCAGGUCAGAGGAAGUGAAGAAAUCAAGAGCAAAGAUUUAUAAUUUAAUGUGUAUGUGUGUGUGUGUGUGUGUGUGUGUGUGUGUGUGUGUGUAUGUGUACAAACAUGUAUUUUCUGCAAAUCUCAUUAUGCUGGCUAGAGUGAUGCAGACUUGUUCUCCUUUUUAAAGCAGUCUCAAGAAUAAGCAUUUCUUUAAAAUGUUUCUGUGUAUAAUCUAGUAUAUUUUCAGAGUCCAUUUUUUCUUAUGUCUUUAUAAGGUUUACUUAACUUAAAAACAGCUUUUAAAACAACCUUUUAUCUUCUGUCUUGCUAUCAUUGUUCCUACUUCCCUAGGAAGCCCUGGCUACCUUUGGCAUUAGGACCAGUCUGGGUUUUAAGGCUCUGGGAAGCAGGGUUGGUUAGUAAAGACAGGAAUGUGGGGGAGAGGUGAGUAGUUCCUUCCUCUUUCUCCUCUCCAAUUUAUGCUUUUAACUUAUUUUCUACCUGGAUAAACUUCUGGAACUUGGCUUUUAAAUUUAACUUUUCUAGUUUUUAAGCAGUUUCCACCUUGCUUUGGUCUAAUGCUUUUCUUUGAAAUGCUAACAGAAUUCCCAAGCUUUUUCCAGUUCUAGAUAUCUUUACUAGACCUUUGGGGGACUCUUAUAAUGGAGCUGCUUUCGAAAAGCACUUUAAUUAGAUAAUGUAUUUUGACUAAAUCACGAGGAUGCACAGUGAGAGCUUCUAGCUGAUCUCAGAGGACCAGAGUGACUGAGGGUAAAGUGUCUCACAGCCCAUGCUGAAUUUUCUGCAUUUUAAACUGAUACUGCAGUCAUUGGAGAGAGAGCUCCUCAUUUCUCGAAUGAAAGAUGAGAUAUAUUCAUCCUCAUGUACCACAUCUGUCUUAGUGUUUGCGUCUGGGGUGUGUUAUCAAACAGAGCAUGGUCUACAUCCCACUGUGUCAACCAGAAGAACCAAGUGUUAUCUCAAUUGGUCCAGUGUUUCUCCAGGCUGGGGACUGUUAAGGGCUCUAAGGGAAUGUAGACAGAGUCUCCCUGUUAUUCUGACUUCCUGCUUGAUGAGCUUUCAGUUCCUGUUUUUGCUAUUGUUUCCUAAGUUUGACCUACAUAUUACAUGGGUGUAGUGUGUUGAGGCUUUUCAAAGAAGGGUCUAGUGAGCUAAGUUUCAUCUUCUGGUACUCAUUGAUCCAAACUGACCUUUCUAUUCUCAUAAGCGUUUCUACCCAAAGUUGUGUGUGGAAGGAGUGUAUAGCAGAGAGGAAAUCCCUUUCAACAGAGUCAGCUGCUAACUGAUUUCCUAUAAGCACACUGGAUUAAGGGCAGCUACAAUGGUUUCUAUUGUAUGUAUGAACCGAAUGGAGGAAUGUUUUCAAAGAUUGAUUUGGUGUGGAUUGCAAUUGUAAUGGAAGGCAUAACUUGGGAUCCCGGGUUGUAACUUGCUCUUUUGUUUCCCACCCCCCUGACAUGUAUGUGUGCUUUAAUAAAGCUUUCUCACUUGUCAAA